UGGACAGAAUCCUCUGCAAAGACCCGCCAAGCCCACCUCCUGACUCUCCUCCAUUCCCUAGAAUCGUCCUCGCCUUCCAUCCGCCUUCAGUCGGCUUCCCACCUGCUUUACCUUCUCCAGGGCGCUUACGGCGACCCGUCCAUAAGCUCGGAGGAAGAACAGUUGCACUGGGCGCAAGAGAAUGCCAGGAUGCUUAGGGGAUUAGAUGGGGUGAGCUUGGCGGUCGGGUGUUUGAUGGAUGUGGUCAGGCGCCAUGAUGCGAUCGCGACAGACACCUCGCACGUCAAAUCCGACGAAGAGGCCCUCGAACUAGCCUCUGAGAUCGACGAUCUGAAUCACGAGACGGGGGUCUAUUUGGGUAUCUUGUACUUCUUAGUGGAGAUCUGUCGGGCGGACGAGGAGUUUGGGGAAGAGUUGAUGGCCCUCGAUCCGCCAUUACCGGUGUAUCUGCUCCGGACGGUAGCAGGACUGCGGGAGAAGAAUACUCGAGGGUUUCCUGUGAAGAAGUUGUUGUUGUUGCUCUGGAAAACCCUGUUGGCGUGUCUCGGCGGGCUGAACGAUGCGAGACGAGCGGUAGACUUACAGAGAGAUCUAAGCGGGUUGCCGCCUGUACGGCGUAGAUUCACUAGGGUCACACCAACUGGGAUCAAGAAUUUCCGCUCGGACUUGUCUACGAAAUACCCGACUUUCAUCGCACCGAUGACUCCCGAGGCAUUACAAAGGGAGAAACUCGCCCAAGCCAUCGAACCCAUCCCGAUCCGGUCGAACUACCACAGCUCUGUUGAGGAGGGGCUACCCCCCGCCUUCCAGGUUCAAGCCGGUGGUCCGGGAAACCCACAGAGUCUACCUCAGGCCGGGACACCCGCCCCCUCACCGCCUCCUUCGCCGCAGGUCAAGCCGAAGAAGCAGCAAUAUCAGACGGAUCAGACGAGACCGUUCGUCUUCCCCUUUACGCGGUCACAAGGUGGUUCGACCUCUCGCCUAGUCCCGAGGGCCAUAGACGAGGCGGACCAGCUCUAUGAGAAACACGUUUACAUUCCGCUUAGUCUACACCAGCUGUGCAAGACGCGAGACGAGUAUAUACGGGAGGAGGCCGGGCUCGGGUUCGGCUUGGGAAGCUUGUCCACCGGCUUGAUGGGUAUCGAGCGGAGUCGGGACGUUUACGAGGACGAGGAAGGGUUUGAUGGAAUGGGCGAGGGAGAGGCGGACGACGAGGCGUGGACGGCGUGGAAAGUCGAUGAUUGGAAGUUGGAGGAGAGACAAAUCGAGCGGGAGAUCGCCGAGGAUAUGGCUGGGGUGCGAGACAUAAUGCAGAAACGGAAAAGUCUGAAACGGCUGUAUCGGGUCGAGGUGAUCUACCGCUCGAUGUUGCCGUACGCACAGAGCAUUGUCGUCGUGCUCCUCAAGCUUCUUUUGGCUACCGUGACAGGCAACUCUGUCAACCCAAACCCGCCUGGUGGACCUGGGUCGCCUACAGAAGAGAAGCCUAUCACUGCCAUCGAACAACCUGUAGAGAAGCAAAUGUCUCUGGAAGAGGUCGACGUCGCUCGGCAUCGGGAGAUCACUUCCAAAGCAGUAUCUGCGAUCUUGCUCCUUUUGUUGAAAUGGUUCAAAGCAUCGCAUGUUCUCAAGUUCCAGCACCUGUCAACGCUCCUCAUCGACUCGAAUUGCUUGCUGCUGGUUCUCAAGAUGUUCGGGCUGCAAGAACUCCUCACUCUCAUACAAAGCAAACACGAAAAGGAGGAUGACAACCUCUUCCGAUCAUGUCACCUACAAUUCCACCGUAACCGGACUCCCAACAAUAAAAACUCUGAUAGUCCCGCUCAACGACCGGCAACGACAACUACAACGACAAUCGACGGCGAAGAAAUCGAGUUACUGAACGAUUAUUCCUGGCGCAACUUUUUCUACGUUAUCAACUUUAUGAAGAUUAUGCAUCAGUUGACGAAAGGACGACCUACCAGGAUCAACCUGUUAGUACAAUACAAAAGCAGCCAAAUCCUGAAGCGGAUGUUAAGGGUACCCCAUCCCAUGUUACAAUUAUCGAUCCUCAAGGUUAUCAAAAGUCAGAUCCCCUUUCUAGGACGGAAAUGGCGGCACUCCAAUAUGAAGACCAUCACAUCAAUAUACCUGAAUUGUCAACCCGAACUUCGAGACGAAUGGCUUGCCUUGGCAGACGCUGAACAAGAGCUCGAGGAAUCCAGCGCGGUCGAAUCGACACUACGUACACUGGUGAGGUUCUAUCACAACAAACACUACGACUCGGUACUCGGUCAUAUCGGCAUGGAGUCCAUCUCCGCUGCCCAUCGCCGUUCAGAUUCUCUCGCCGCCGGCGGACCAGCCGAAGUCACCUCUGCCUCGAGCUUCCGAGAAAGAUCGGAUUCCGAUGUCUUCCCGCCUAACAAGACGUUGCUGGAACGUCCUCCACAGAACAACGAGCAGGAUUACAACCCGGAUACGAUCAUGGGUGCCUGGAUGUACGAUUACGAGGCCGUCAUUGAGAGCGUGUUGGGAGCGGAUAGCGCUCAGGAAGCCGUCCGGGAUGCGUUUGCGACGUACCCGCCCGUACCGCACUCUCCGGGACGACAACAAGACUUUGGAUUCGGCUUCGGGAAUGCUGCCUCGAACGAAAACAAAGGGGCCUGGUCGAGGUUGGAAGAGAUUAUCGGAGCUAGGUCUGGGCAGCAUGAUGAUGCGAUCAGCGAUUCGGAGAGCGUAGUUAGUAUCGGAGAACUUGGACCGGACGCCAGGUUGGCUUUCGAUGAUCAGGACGACGUUGAGGAGGAUCCAGUCAAGGCGAGGCAGAGGCGGAAGAGUACCGGGAAUGAGAAUACGUGGGAGCACAUCUCGCCGGAAAUGUCCAUGCUGCCAAAGUCCCCCGGCGAACAUCCUCGCCGUCGGUCGUCCUCGUCAAACUCUUCUCCGCUACGACCGGUCAUACCGUCUGGCACGGACUGGCUUCUGGAUCAGCCUUUCGAGGUGGAAGAUGAUGAAGAACCUGGGCCGAUGCCUAUUCAGGAAGGGACCGAGGAUGAGUUGGCGCGGGAUCACAUGCCCGCUGAUGAGGUCGAGGCGUUCUAUCAGGUAUAG